CCCUCAACGCGCCUGCGCCCUGCGAUUACCCGGGGGGCAACGGCCGUCGCGCGGAGAUGGAGUCCGCGGUGGAGGAGUUGAUGCCCCGGCUCCUGCCUGUGGGGGACUGUGACCUCGCGGAGGAUUUCGACCCCACCAUGCCCCCGCGGACGCCCUCGGAGUAUUUAAAGCGGGUCCAGAUUGAAGCAGCACGAUGCCCAGAUGUUGUUGUGGCACAGAUAGACCCUAGAAAGUUGAGAAAGAAGCAGACAGUGAAUAUUUCACUUACAGGAUGCCAUCCUGCCCCUGAGGGAUAUUCUCCAACUCUCAAAUGGCAGCAGCAGCAAGUGUCUCAUUUUUCAGCAGUUCGUCAGAGUGUGAAUAAACACAGAAGUCAUUGGAAGGCACAACAUUUGGACAGCAAUGUUACAAUGCCAAAAUCUGAGGAUGAAGAAGGCUGGAAACUGUUUUGUCUGGGUGAAAAGUUAUAUUCGGAAGCAGCUAUUGCAGUGUCUGGUAAUGAAAACCUAGGAAUUGAUUACAUUAAGAUCGGUUUUCCCCCUUUUUUAAGUAUUGUUAGCAGAAUGAAUCAGGCAACAGUAACUAGCGUCCUGGAAUAUCUGAUAAACUGGUUUGGAGAGAAAGAGUUUACUCCAGAACUGGGCAGAUGGUUUUAUGCUUUGUUGGCAUGUCUUGAAAAGCCUUUGUUGCCUGAAGCCCACUCCCUAAUUCGGCAGUUGGCAAGACGAUGCUCUGAAGUCAGAGUACUAGAGGAGAACAAGAAUGAAGAGAAAGUGUCUGCUCUGAAUUUGCUAAUCUGUUUAGUUAGCAGGUAUUUUGAUCAACGUGAUCUGGCUGACGAGCCCUCCUGAUCCCAGAUCGGGGACAUUAAAUGUCUCACAUCACUAUAAAACCAACACCAGCAUCAAUGUUAAACAGCCAGGUGCAAUGCAGCUCAAAAUGUACCUUCUUAGUAGUGAGCUUGAAUGGUGUUGAGCAAAAGACUGCUGGUCUCGCUGAAUAAUCCAUGACCUGAAAAGGGUCAGCAGCGAAGUGCCUACCCACUCUCUAUAAGCCUGUUUCUCUGCAAAAACAAGUGAUCUUCAAAGCAGUAAGCAAAUUGAGUUGUUGUGAGCACCCAAGGGUAGUUAAUCCUGAAAAAUUACUUCUGGAGAGUAAGCCUUUUUGUUGAAAUUGAAUUACUCAUGUGAAUAAAGAUUUGCAAGACUGGGCCCCAAGCUUUUUACACAUGAAAGCUCGAGGCAGUGAGAAAUCUCUUUCAUGAACCCAUCUAAAGAAUCCGAUAUUAAAUGGUUUUGUAAACGUUUACAAUAAAAAUUUUCAAAACUG